AUGGAUACCAAUAUGGAGGACGUCAAGAUGCCAGAGCCUAUGCAGCUGUCGUCUGCCCCCACGACUGAGCCGACCACAAUCCCCACGCUGGACGGCUGGAUUGAGAGUCUGAUGAGCUGCAAGCAGCUGGCCGAGAGCGACGUGCAGAGACUAUGCGACAAGGCCCGCGAGGUACUUCAGGACGAGUCCAAUGUACAGCCAGUGAAAUGCCCCGUCACUGUCUGCGGUGAUAUACACGGCCAAUUUCACGACUUGAUGGAGUUGUUCAAGAUCGGUGGCCCCAACCCGGACACCAACUACCUCUUCAUGGGCGACUAUGUCGACAGAGGCUACUUCUCCGUCGAGACCGUCACCCUCCUAGUCGCACUCAAGAUUCGAUACCCCCAGCGCAUCACCAUUCUCCGUGGCAACCACGAGUCCCGCCAGAUCACCCAAGUCUACGGCUUUUACGACGAAUGUCUCCGCAAGUACGGCAAUGCCAACGUCUGGAAAUACUUCACAGACCUAUUCGACUACCUGCCGCUCACCGCCCUGAUCGACAACCAGAUCUUCUGUCUGCACGGUGGUCUCUCCCCUAGCAUCGACACCCUUGACAACAUCAGGGCGCUCGACCGCAUACAGGAGGUGCCUCACGAAGGACCAAUGUGCGACCUGCUCUGGUCCGACCCAGACGACAGGUGCGGUUGGGGAAUCUCACCCCGUGGUGCAGGAUACACCUUCGGUCAAGACAUCUCGGAGGCCUUCAACCACAACAACGGCUUGACGUUGGUGGCACGUGCUCAUCAGCUAGUCAUGGAGGGGUAUAAUUGGUCGCAGGACAGGAAUGUCGUUACCAUAUUCUCGGCACCGAACUACUGCUACAGAUGCGGUAACCAGGCCGCUAUCAUGGAGAUCGACGAGCAUCUAAAGUAUACCUUCUUGCAAUUCGACCCUUGCCCACGCGCAGGCGAGCCUAUGGUGUCGCGAAGGACCCCGGAUUACUUCCUCUAA